AUGACGCAGACUGCAACUAACCCCGCUACCGAGUGGUUCGAGAGGCUAAACGUGGAAUUAAAGGAGCUGAACCAUGAAGCGGCCCUGUACGCCUGGGAUUCAAGCACCUUGCCCACACAGAUGGCAACGGUGGAGAAAAUAAUCCAACUGACGAAGCGGAAAGCCCACUGGGAGCGUACCAUGUGCGACCGCGGGCUACAGCACAGAGAUUUCAACGCAAGUCUGGACAGGGCGUUCCAUCUGCUGUGUCGCACCCCGCAGUAUACCGACGGGGAAAUAAGCGAGAUAGCAAAGCUGCUGGGAUACAUGCAAGGGAUUUACACCGAAACUCAAGUUUGUGUGGACGACGUUUCGAACAUUUGCAAACAGAACAGUGAGGACUUACUGUGGGAGAGAACGUACUUCCAAUAUCCAGAUUUCGCAUUGAAACAGCGAAGCGGUGAGAAAUAUGAUGAGCAUGACAAAGAUCACAUUUGCUUGUAUGGUGAACCGGAAAUGGAACAAAUUAUGACAGAAACUACAUCUAUCUUUUCUGCACAAAUUAAUUGCUCAAUCAACCGGGAAAUUUUACACAGUUGGGCUUGGCAGUCCUGGAGACUUGCGGUCGGACCACCAAUGAAAGAGUCCUAUGGAAAGUUAAUAGGCCACAUGAAUAUCGGAGCUCAAAGACUUGGCUACGCAGACAUCGGAGAAUCGUGGCGCGCCGAGUUGGAAACGCCAAAUCUGAGAGAACUGGUCCAUCGGCUUUGGCGCCAAGUGAAGCCUCUAUAUCAAAAGCUACAUGCUGUCGCCAGAUAUUUCCUGAAGCGAAAGUAUCCUAAAGUGGAAAAUUUUCACCCAGCGGGAUUGAUUCCGGCACACAUUCUGGGAGAUAUGUGGAGUCAGAACUGGGAAUCGUUGGUUCCGCUAAUAUACCCGCAUCAGGUCGAUAUCGAGGAGAAUCUUAAGCGGAAAAACUGGACUGGUGAGCAGUUGAUAAAACGAGCCGAGGAUUUCUACUCUUCGAUGGGUCUACCAAUGAUGACCAAAACGUUUUGGGAGAAGAGUAUUUUUGCGCGAGGUACGAACGUUACCAAGUGCCAUGGAACUGCUGCCAACAUGUACGAUAACGGGGAUUUCAGAAUGAUAGUUUGUGCGGGAAAUUCGAUGAGUGAUUUCUACGUCGUCAUGCACGAAAUGGGACACAUCAUGUACUACAUGCUGGCAUCAGUACAGCCCACAGUUUUUCAGGAUGGAACCAAUUCAGCUUUCCAAGAAAGCAUUGGGGAUACAAUCUACCUGUCGGCGAUAAACCCUCUCCACCUCACCAGGAUCAAUCUCCUAAACUCAUCAUUCCUGUCCCCUGAAGACGAACACAAUCUGAACUCAUUUGACUAUGUCCUACUUCUCAAGACGGCUAUGGUGAAAAUCUCAUCCAUACCCUUUUCCUACAUUAUGGAUCGCUACCGAUGGGCGCUGUUUGAUGGGACCGUAGACUUCAACGCUGAAGCCAACAACUUUUUAUGGCAUCUACUGGAAACCGAGCAGGGCAUCAAACCUCCCACAAAGGUCGAUCGGAGUGAGUACUUCGAUGCAGCCGCCAAAUACCAUUUCCCCGAUAAUACUCCCUAUGUGCGAUACUUCUUGGCAAACUUUUUGAGUUUUCAAAUAUUGGAAGGACUCUGCAGGAAGUCGAUUUUUGGAAGCGUUGACUCACCGAAUGAGCUGCCCAUUCCGUUGCAUCGGUGUGAUCUUUACGGUUCUAAACGAGCUGGCAGGUUGCUACAAAAAGCAUUGAGUUUAGGUGGUUCACAGCACUGGACUGCGGUGCUGAAAAUCCUAACGGGGAGCGAGAAGAUAUCCGCUGACGCGAUGUACCGGUACUUUGAACCGUUGAUAGAACUACUCGAUAAACUAAUCCAACGGCUGGACAUUCCCGUAGGUUGGUAAAAGUCUGAGGUGAUGUGAAUGUGUUGUACUGUUAUUUAAAUAGUUAGCUAGUAAAUGCAAUAAAUUUAUGUGGUUGCUGCUCUCUUUAACAUUUUAGUUGUCUCUUUUUUAUUAUCCGAAAUGUUCCAUGUCCACUUUGAAAGUGUUCGGAGAACAUAGAUCUCUGUCCAUUUUGGGCGGAGAUAAAUCUACUUUGGCAGCAGUUUCUACUGGAUCCCAUAGUAUACACGAUUUCAACUUCUUCAAUUUUCUUCACCUUAUAUAAUCAUCUCAAUCCGAGAUCUCGGUCGACCUUUCGCCUUCCGGGUUACUUCACCAAUCAAUUCGGAGUCCAGAUCCCGCUCCUUGGUACCGUA